AACAGGCCGCCGUGUCAGUAAGAGCCAUUCCGCUGCCCCCGACUCAGCCAUCUCGACACAAUAGCAAGGUACACAGUGACCUGCCUUGCUGAGAACUUUUACCUGGCUUUUGAGCAGCGGUGUUUCUAGUCCUCUGAGGCUCCGUAAUAGCAAUGCAGGUGAUACUGUCAACGCUGGUGGUGGCGGUGGUGGUGGGCAGCGCGGGAACAUCUGCUCCGGCGGCGGUGGCGACGGAGGACAGCUUUUCUGUCUCGCUGGGCGAAGCCUUUACGGACCGUGCUACUGUGGAGGCCGUGGUGGCGUGCUUCAUCGACACCAGCAAGUGUAACGCCGAGCAGGAGAAGAUCAGAGUGCGCGCCGUGGCGGCCAUGCAGAACAUGGGAAGGUGCCCGGAGACCCUGUGCACGGAGCAGCAGCAGCGGGAGAUGACCCAGUCCAUGGAGCUGCUGCAGAAGCAUCACCGAGACUUGUGGAUCAAACUGCUCGUGUCCAUGUUCGACCUCGACCUCCCGACACUCGCCAGUACCACCCAGUAACCUGGGGAGUGGCGACGGCUGGUGGCAGUGGUGGUGGUGGUGCAUGUUGCGUCCAAAGGUGCUAACAGGGAGACGGAAGGACAAAACAGACUGGGGAAAGGAAGCCAAGGCAAGGUAGACAGGAAACAAGACGGAAGAGUUAAAAAUAGAGAAAACUGGAAAGCAGACGUGUGGGUGGAGGACAGAGAAGAGUUUGCCCUCGGUCUUGUCCUGACUGGAAAAAGGAAGUCAAGGGCAGGCAGGCAGGAAACGAGCUACAAGUAGACGCAGGAACUGAAACUGAAAAAAAAUGGAAAACUGACACGUGAGUUUCUUUUACGAGGGAGGGAGAUGGACACAAGGAAGGACAAAAUAAACUGGAACGGAAGUCAAGGUAUAGGGCAGACAGGAAGCAAGACAUGAAAGAGUUGAGAGAAAACUGGAAUUAUAAAACCAACACAUGCGUUGAGGAAGACAGGGAGGCGGGAUACGGGCCGGCCAUCGCGAUGGCAACAGAGACGGAAGGACAACUCAGCCUGGGCAAAAAAAGAAGUCAAGGCAAGGCAGACGGGAAACGAGUUAAGACGGAGCCAAAAACAGAUUGGAAGCAUUAGAAAGCUGACACGUGAGUGGAGAACAAAAGAUGCUUCUAUCCUCUGAGGGAUUGCUGCCAACUCAUCAAGACAAAUACAGUGACGAUUUUUAUUAUUUAUUUAUUUAUUUCUAAGGCUGAACGACACGCGACAUUUUAGACCCGAAUUCUCAGAGGCUUUCACAACUAUUUCCAAAGGCCACAAAAGUCGGAUUCUCAUGACCGCUUUUCACGUCCAUGGUUCAGAAGCCUUUUAAGACUACCACUAGCCUCAUAAAGCUACCAGGCUCGUAAUUUUGGCAGAUUUUUUUUGGGGAGCUUUAGAGGGCAUCAUAGGUUCAUGAGUGUGUGUUGGGGGUGGCGAGCGAAGCGAGGAUGCGCAGCUGGGGGGAAUGUUUUUAAAAAUUAAGCACUUUUUAGGGUCAUUUUUUAAAACAUUGAGGGGGCUUUAAAUAUAAAGCCCUAGCCCGCCCCAGUAAUUACGGCCUCCGGAUUACCCAUGGAAAUACCCUCAACCUCUACCACAGCCUUAUCAAAUGUGGGUGUGUAAACCCUGAUAUUUUUAGAGAAUCUGGGCCAUAAUAUAUAUAUGAAGAACAGACAGCUUUUUUUUUUUUUUACUUCCUGUUAUAAAUGAUUCAUAAGUAUAUGUCCUCGAAUGACUGGCUAUAAAAAAAAAAAUUAUAGUCAUGUCCAAGGCUUUGCUUCUUUGGUGUUUGCAGGACAUAGACUACCUGACGACCUUGCUCACGUGCACACCUUGUUUUCGAUUCUCAAGACACGAUACCUUGUUUUGCUCUUUUGGACGCAUCUCACCCUCUUUUUAUUUCAUUGUGCGUGUGUGUGUGUGUGUGUGUGUAAGUCGUUUGUUUGUGUUGACGUGGUGCUUUGUGAUUCUGUGACGGCGCAAUAAACGAAACAUUAAU